AUGCAUCAACCCUCUGCUUCACCAUCUUUCCUUCACUUUCUCCUCACAAUCUCAUUGAUUUCAAUUCAAAUCCCAACAAUUCUAUGCGGUAACGAACUGCGAUAUGUAAACUGUAGUGAGGAUUUUUCAUGUGGAAGCAUCAAAGGCAUCAAGUACCCUUUCUGGGGUGCAAAUCGUGCAGACUACUGUGGCAACCCCGGGUUCGAGCUUGAGUGUCUAGACAGCGUCCCACUGAUUACAAUGGUGACAGAAAAAUAUCGAAUUCUCGAUAUUAAUCUCCAGCGACGGGGUCUGGUAGUGGCUAGAGAUGAUUACUGGAAUGAUAUAUGUCCGGUACACUUGGUCAAUACCACCCUAGAUUUCUCUCUCUUCAGCUAUUCCUUUGGGCUCCGAAACCUGACACUAUUCUAUGGUUGUACUUACGUAUCAGGGCCUAUAUUAGGUCAGUAUGACUGUGGCAUAAACAGUACUAAUACCAACCUUUUCUAUGUGACAAAAAAUUUAACGACUGAGCCACCAUUGAGGAUGACUUGCAAUAACACAGUCAUUUUACCGGUCUUUGAAGGGACUGCUCUGGCUCUGGAGACCAAUAGAACGGGUCUUGGCGCAGCGAUAGAUGGGGGUUUCGAAUUGCAGUGGAAUGUAGAUAAUAGUGAGCAAUGCAGUACAUGUGUGAAAUCUGGUGGGGAGUGUGGGUAUAAUAAGACUGAUAAUCAAUUCACUUGCUUUUGCCAUGAUCAAUCGUACCCGAGUGCAUGUCUGACCAGGCCAGAUAAUCAAGAAUAUGCAGCAUGUGACAACUUAUUUCAGUGCGCAAACAUUUCAAACCUCGGCUAUCCUUUCUCAGGGCAGACCCGGCCAUCGUACUGUGGCCACCCAGGUUUCCAGCUGAAUUGUCAAGGCUCUGUCCCGCUUAUCACAAUCCUGUCAAUGGAUUACCGAGUCCUGGCAAUUGAUAACCAGACACAGACUCUAACAGUUGCUAGAGAAGAUAUGUGGAACAAUAACUGUCCCACUCUUCUCUAUAACACCACCAUGGAUUUCACCAUCUUCAAGUAUGCUUCCAAUCAACAGAACGUGAGUCUGCACUAUGAGUGCACCGGACUUCCGGGUCAAACGCCAUCACUUCCAAACCAGUUUGAUUGCCCUGGAAACGGCACCACCAGCAGCAUCAGCUAUUUCGUCAUGGGAGAUACAUCGAACUCUAACAUUAACUUGGUGACAUGCAAUAGCAGCGUUCUUGUUCCUGUCAAUCCAGUCUCGACUCUGGCUUUAUCGAGCCCUUCGGCUUCCAUGAUUAACCUAAGAGCAGCUCUUGCCGGUGGUUUUCAAUUGCAGUGGGAUGCAAAUGAUACUAACUGUAAACAAUGCAUCCAAUCACGUGGGCUAUGCGGUUCAUCCAAUUCGGAUUCCACAUCCUUUGCUUGUUAUUGCGCAGAUGGACCUUAUCCACUUACAUGUAAUAACACUCAACCUGGAACUGGGAGAUGUGGAGGAAAAUGGGCCUCGGCGGAGAAGAGAUUGAAGAAAGAUGGUUUGACAUACUUUCUUGCCUAG